CUAACUCCAUUGAUUACACGUGAAUUUGUAAUGGUUGGCUUGAUUCUGAAGUAGAAACGAUUCCACGUGUGGAUCUGUUGUCGUAGUUGGUAAUCUUUAUAUUAAUGAAUGAUGCUAUCAAUAAAAUUAAUUUCCCGUUAAAUAAUUGGAUACCAACCAACUUCUACGUAAACUUUCAAAGAAGAAAAAAUGAUUUCGUGAAAAUGACAUACAAGUGAAAUAUUUGUCAGGAAAUUAAGUGUUAUAUCAUGGAUUCGGAUCGUAGACCCCAGUUUGGGAAUAGAUUUUUGGAAAAUCCUGAAGAAGUAUUUCAACAUAAUGCUUGGGAUAAUGUACAAUGGGAUGAAGCUCAAGAACAAGAAGCAAAAGAAAAAGUUUUGAAAAACUCUGCUACAUAUGUUUCUAAGGAGAUGCAAGAAAGAUAUGAAGAAGAUGCAAAUGAUUAUUGGAAUAAAUUUUAUAACAUUCAUCGUAACAGAUUUUUUAAGGAUCGUCAUUGGCUAUUUACAGAAUUUCCUGAACUUUUAUCUCAGAAUAAAGAAAGUUUGUAUCUAGGGAGAAAACAAGAUAAUUCAUCAAAGGAUCAAUCUCCAUCAUUCCAAAAUACUUGUGAAAAUAUUCAAGAAGAAAAUAAUAAAAAAAUAAUAUUAGAAUGCAUUUUCAGUGAUUCCAACUUUUUUAUUUACUGUUGUGAUUUUUCUGAAGUUGCAAUUUCUAUUGUAAAAAAUAAUGCUUCCUAUGAUGAAAACAGAUGUCAUGCAUUUGUAUGGGAUAUCACAACUGACUCUACUAAUAUACCAUUUUCAAAAUCAUCUUUAGAUAUAAUUACUAUUAUAUUUGUUUUAUCAGCAAUAAAUCCUGACAAAUUUCAUUGUGCAAUUAAGAAUUUAACUUCAUAUUUAAAACCAGGAGGGGUUAUCUUAUUUAGAGACUAUGGACAAUAUGAUAUGGCAGAAUUACGUUUUAAACCAGGACAUUGCUUACAAAAUCAUUUUUAUGUUAGAGGAGAUGGUACAAGAGUUUAUUUUUUUACACAAGAAAAAGUGCAUGAAAUUUUUACUAGUGCAGGACUCCUAAAAGAACAAAAUUUCAUUGAUCGUCGUUUGCAAGUGAAUCGUGGAAAACUCUUAAAAAUGUAUCGUGUUUGGAUACAAUGUAAAUACAGGAAGCCAUUGUACUCUUGAUUUAGUACUUAUUUUAUAAUGUCAUCUGUUUAUUGUAAAAUAAAUUUAUUUAUUUACA